AUGAAACAAAGUGAGCAAGUUCUUCUUGCAUCCUAAUAACCUGGGUUGAUAGAUACAUCAACUAAAAGAUUAAUAUCCAAAUCCUCUUCUUAAUUUUAAAUGCCUUCUUUUUAAUAAUAACCUGUUGUUACUAGACGCAUACAUAGGAAAUUAGUUCCAAUGGAUGGUGGUAUAAAAUAAACAAUAAUAUUUAGAGGCUGAAGAAACUGUUGUACAACCUAUUCAACCACCUCCAUAACCAAUUGUCCAUCCUGUACAAUAAAUGAUUUGGCCAGUUGCAGUUUAAUUUAAUGAAGAUGAUGCAUUAGCAAAAAUUAGAGAAGAAAAAAUGUUGGCACUUCUUGAAAGAUAAUCUGAAAUGCUUACAAAUCUACUUUAGAAGUAUAAAAGAUUAGAAGAAGAUUAAACUAAUAAAAUAUAAAGGAGAAUAAAAGAACUGGAAAGAGAAAAUGAAGAAAUAUGGUAAAGGAGAAGAUAAAAUUAUUUAAUUUACAAUGUUUCAUAAUCUGUUGAUUAAAAAUUAAAGGAGUUUAAUGAAUUUUAAAUGAGACCAUUUUUAGACUAAGGUUAACCUGUGCUUUUAAAACCAAUUCAUUAGGAUGAUCGAUUAUUUUUUGAUAAGAAAAAGAAGAAACCAAAGCCUAAAAAGAUAGUUGAAGUUGAUGAUGGAUUGGUCCAAGAUCCAGAUACAGGAGAAUUGUGGGAUCCAAAAACUGGAGAAGUUGUACAACAGCCCCCUCCUUUGUAAUAACCAUAUUGA